AUGGACUUCGACGACCUCGAUGAUGUUGAGGCCACCGCCGGCCCCCAGGGACUGCAAGAGCAGAGGGAGAAGCUGCAGACUGCGAGCUGGGAAGAGCUGGCGGCCGCCGCACCUUUCCCCCGACCCAAGGGCAGAGGUUUCGGCGGCGCGAAGAGACUGCAGAAGGUGCUUUACCUGCAUGGCCCUGGCUCCAACAAACUGAUGGCGGAGAAGCAAGUCCAGGCAGUGUUCAAGAACUUGAAAUGGGUGGUGGACUUUGAGCUGCUGGAGUGGCACUUUGUCGAGGGAGCCAUCAACUACAAGCUGGAGGAGAUACACUGGGACCCCGCCGUGCAGAAGAUUUUCGCACCCUUUGGACGGCCGUGUGGUGAGUCAUAUGAUGGUUACAUGAGCUACUUUUCGAUGUGGAAUGAAAGCCAUCAGGAUGAGACUUGGCUGGGGCCAGAGGCCAGCAAGAUGGCUGCAGAGGGACUGGGCGCCUGCGGCUCAAAUGGUUACGAGGAUGUGCUUGAGCAUAUGGCGGCCCACUUGGCGGAGAAUGGCCCCUACGACGGUGUGUGUGGAUUUGACAUGGGGGCGAGCUUGGCUUUUGACAUGGCAAGACUUGCACAGGAAGGCGACAAGAGAUUCACAGAGAAGUUCAGAUACCUCGUCCUUUUCUCCGCGCGGGGGCACCGUGCACGUGCACAACUCAGCCAAGGCAGUCUUCGGCCAAAGGCACCUCUGCAGAUCCCUUGCUUCAUGAGCUGGUCUCGGGAAGACGACUCGAAGCAGUAUUCCAACUAUGAAGAGCUGGCGCUGUACGUCCAUCCCAACUUUCGCAGGAUUUGCGUGCACGGCCAAGGGCACAGGCCGCCGAACCUGAAGAAGGGUACCCAGGAGUGUGAGCUGUUGGACGCCUUCAUCGGGGAGAUGCAGGCGGACACCUUCUCAGGUGUGCAGGAAGAUGGGCCAGAUAUCUACAAGGACUUUUGGCUGCCAUUACCAAGGGAGCCCGCAGCCUUGCCUGAGCCGCCAAUGAAGGUUAUUGUGGUGGUCGACCCUUUGGGCGAGCACGGGCCGACGGCGGCGGAGGCGAAAGCGGAUCGGAGCCGCUUCCCCGCGCAGGAGCCCCUGGAGGUCUGCCAGAAGCGACUGAGCAUCUUCAGGCAGGUCACUGCCACCAAGUGCGAGGACUUGCUGCUGGAGGGCUGGGAAGUGCUCAGCGCGGCCUUCCAGCCGUCGCACGUCUCCCUGCGGUGGCAUCCAGAAAUCCAAGCGCGCGACAGCUCCGUGGCUUACUCUGUGGAUGCUGGUCGCAGUCGCUGGCUGCAAGCUGAAGACGAGGUGGCGCUGCCUUGGUCAAAGCUGGCAGAGGUUGCCGAGCAGUUGCUGGAGUCCCUGGAAGUCGGCCGCGACAGCGUGGCCCUGGUGGGCCUAGGCACUGGCGGCAUCGUUGCCUUUGCCUUGGCGUUGGCGCUGGUCCGGCGGGGCGUGCUGCCGGCGAAGCUGUGCUGUGCGUGUCCUCCGACGGUGUGGCCGGAGGGAGCGCCCGGCCCAGGAUCCUUGGUGACCACACCAGUAAGCUACCUCACCUGCGCGGAGUCUGUGGCUGGCCCUCCCUGGCGGUUCGAGACCAGCACUUUCGGGCCCUUCGCCCAGCGCCACUUCGAGGACAAGGCGACAAUGGUUGCCACGAUUUCGGAGGAGAUAAACGGUUUUAGAUGA